AUGAGAUUGUGCAGUUGCUGCAGCUCGACCUCAUGGAAGCGCAAGAUGAAGAUCGCAGCAAGCAGCGAGCCAUCAAAUAAACACAACUCUACCUGCCGAUGGGUUUGCCCUCGAAGAAGCAACCUGAGCGUUAAACCCUCUCUAUCAGUAGCAAGCCACGUAAGACGCAAUCUUAGUGCACGGAGUGAGGAUCUCUGCUGCAAGACAGGGACGUCGCCUUUUGGAGCCUCACUUCGGCGACGCCUUGCGUCUUGUGCUUUCCCAAGAGUUCUUCUUACUUUUGGUUUUGGGGAUGCGAUCCUGUUCAACAGAUGUAUAGCGACAUGGAUACCCGUCAGCGUCACUGAUUCCGACCACUCAGAAGUUGAACUACGUCUACGUUAGCGCAGCGAUAGGGCGUAAAGGCUAAAAAUACC